ACAGGGGAGAGCAGGGAAGCGCCGAAAGCCAUGGCCGAGUCCAACCCGCUGCGGGGGUUCCCCCGUCUGCGCCGGGCCGCGACCUCAUUUCCAGGAAAUCUACAUUUGGUCUUGGUGCUCCGCCCCUCUGGCUUGUUAAGCUCUGCCCCGAGUCCGUCUUCAAGCACUGACCUGGGCUUCCGCUUCAGCCAGGAUGACUUCCUGUUAAAGAUGCCGGUGGUGAUGCUGCGUUCAGUUGGUGACCUGCUGCGCUACAUCGAUGAAAACCACCUGACAUCAGACUUCACUGCGAAAGUGGAGUACUGCCAAAGUGACUGGAUCGUCCUCCGCACGGCCAUUGAGACCUUUGCGGUGACAGUGAAGGAGAUCGCCCAGCUGCUGCAGGGCUUCGGAUCAGAGCUAUCUGAAACUGAGCUUCCAGACGAAGCUAAUGCCAUCGAGUUCCUGCUGCACUCACACACACACCGAUACCGACAGAUGAAGGAUGAUAUACGGGGUGUCCUGAAAGAAGGACGGCUGCUGCUGUCCAACCUGGAGACUGUUAAGGCCUCUAAGAGAGACGUAGAGGAGGAGAGGGACCUAAAAUCAGACAUGGACACUGUUCAGAGGCUCCUGGCUCAGCUCAGAGACAUGGAGGAGGCGUUUGACGGCUUCUUUGAGAAACACCACCUGAAGCUGCAGCAGUACCACCAGCUGCUGCACUAUGAAAUGAGUUUCCAGCAGAUGGAGGAGGUGCUGAAGAGGAUCACUGAGCAGGAGAUGGUCAUUGCGCCUGUGGGGACCACAGUGGUUCAGACAGAACAGUUAUUGAAGGACCUGGAGAUACUAGACGCACACGCUCAGGAGGAGAUGGCUCGAGCCCAGGUGGUGAUCCUGCACGGCCACCAGUUGGCUGCCAACCACCAUUAUGCCCUGGCGCUCAUCGUCCAACGCUGCAACGAGCUGCGACAUUACUGCGACGUCAUCACCAAUGCCACACGCGCCAAGCGGGCCUCGCUUGCCCGAGCACGAGACCUGCUGCUUCGCCUUGAAGACGCCCUAAGGUGGUGUGACGAGGGCGCCUAUCUCCUGGCGAGUCAAAUGGUGGACAAGUUCCAAACCAGAGAGGGAGCUCAGGAGGCGCUGCAGUACCUGAGCUGCCACCAGGAGAGGGCGCCGUCCGCACUAAAAAACAGCCAGGACAUUGUGAGCCUGGAGUUUGAAGCCAUACUCACCCCACAGCUGCAGUCCCAAAUAUCCAUGGUAACAGAGAAGCUGAACUCGGUGCAGUCUAUGAUCAAGAACAGAGAGCAGUGUCUGAGGAAGCUGGCCGAUGUACAGGUCAGACCGAUUCAGCUGGUGGCCCCCAGGCCUGAACCUGACCAGACCGCACAGCGCUGCAAGUCACCUCUCUUCUCUCCCAAACAUGGUGUAGACUUUAACGUUCUGAACUCCAAGUUCUCCUUCGACCUGCUUCCUGGCAAGAGAGCGGCGAGGAGGAACAACAGCCAGCGCAAGAUCGAGGUAAUGCAUGAUUUCCAGGGCAACCGUAGCUGUCUGUACGGCUCCACCACAGAAACAGACUCAGAGGCAGAAGACAAUCCAGAGCAGGUCACACGUCAUAUAAUGAAGGAACUCAUAGCUACAGAGAGGAUCUAUGUGGACGAGCUGCUCUCUGUCCUUCUGGGCUACAGGGCAGAAAUGGAGGACCCAUCCAUGUCUAAUCUUCUUCCUUCAGCUCUACGUAGCCAGAAGGACGUUCUGUUUGGCAACAUGCCAGAGAUUUACCAGUUUCACAGCAGGAUCUUUCUCCAGGAUCUGCAGGGUUGCCUGGAGACGCCAGAGCGGGUGGGGGCUUGCUUCCUGAAGCGGAAAGAGAAGUUCCAGGUGUACGAGCGUUACUGCCAAAACAAGCCUCGAUCUGAGUUGCUAUGGAGACAGUGCUCUGAUUCGCCCUUUUUUCAGGAGUGCCAGAAGAAGCUGGACCACAAGCUGGGUCUGGACUCUUACCUCCUGAAACCAGUCCAGCGCCUCACCAAGUACCAGCUGCUACUCAAGGAGCUACUGAAACACUGUACGGAGGAACAUUACCGCUGUGAACUCCAGGAGGCUCUGCACUCCAUGCUGGAGCUGCUCAAGUCUGUCAAUGACUCCAUGCAUCAGAUAGCCAUCACUGGAUAUCAGGGCGACCUCAGCCAGCUGGGCCGAGUGGUGUUGCAGGGCAGCUUCAGCGUGUGGAUCAGCCAUAAGAGGGCAGCGGUGCGCAUGAAGGAGCUGGCCAGGUUCAAACCCAUGCAGAGACACCUCUUCCUCUAUGACCUCGCCCUGCUCUUCUGCAAGCGCAGGGACGACGACGCUCACGACAGGACGCCCUUCUACAGCUUCAAAUCCUGCCUCAGAAUGAGUGCAGUGGGAAUCACAGAAAAUGUGAAAGGAGAUGUGAAGAAAUUUGAAAUCUGGUACAGUGGCAGAGAAGUGGUGUACAUAGUUCAGGCUCCCACUCUUGAGAUCAAAGUUGCCUGGCUGACAGAGCUUCGAAAAAUUCUCACCAACCAGCAGAAGAUGCGUCAAGAUGAGGUGCCUUAUCUUACACUUUCAGACAACCCCCUCUCUGACAGUGCAUCAGAGAUGUGUGUGUCGUGGGGCGGAGCGUCGGUGGGAGGCUGCUCAGCGUGUCUCCCUGUUCCUCACAGUUCCUCGGCAACAAGCCACUCCAACAGGUACCGGGGGGAGGAGUCCACACACACCAGCCCCGCCCACUCAGAUCCCGUGGUUCACUCACCUCGACGCACUUGGCCUGUCCCUGCCCACUCAGUGGCAAUCUGUGAGGGCCUGGAGGACUGGGGUGCAGCUACAGACCUCUCCAACUUAUCCGAUUCAGAUGAGGAGGAUCAGCCCGCCCCCCUGGUGGCGGGCAGGUACAGGGUCAUGGUAGAGAGCAGCAUGGCCAGCGCCGAUGACAUCAUCUUUAACUGUGGUGAUGUCAUCCAACUGCUGCAUGAGGAAAUGUCUGGAAUGUGGAUGGUGAGGAAUAUAAGCCGUGGGGAAGAGGGGCGUGUCCUACCUGAGGACCUGCACAGGAUUCUGGGAGAGACCUACUAAGAGCCAACCAGAACAGAGGAUAGAGGACACAAAGGUAUUCCAUCAACUUCCUGACUAAAACGGGGAAUCUGACUCUGCUGAGACGUUCAGCAGAUCAUCAGAUUGAAGCACAUCAACUGCGUAUUUUACUCUUCAAACUACUGUGACACUCUCACCUCAGAAGGCUGUAAACUACAGGAUGAACCUCAGAAGACUGUAACAAUGCAAAGCACAUAUGUGGAACCUCUUUUUUUCCCAGCAGUAACGCAGUUGAUUAUUUGGACUUUGAAACGUCAAACUUUUAUUCAUACGUACAGGACUUUUGUUGGACUUCAAGUUUUAUCAUUUCUAUUUUCUUAUGAAAUAUGACAGAAAUCAUGCAUAUGCCUACUAACAUAUCAUAACUGUUCAUGUGCCAAACAGCUCAGCUAAUUAUUGUGGCUUCUUUUUGUACAACAGUCAGUUCUGGAGUAUAGCUUUACCUUGGUGUCAUCAUUUUUAAGGAAUUUCAGCCCUCUUUCUUUACUACAGCAGCCAGCUACAUCACCAGAUGGUAUGCAUGUGAUGUUAUUGAAUGUCAAAAUGGCCA